AUGGGAACACUCCUGAUUAAAAUGAAGAUAGUCUCACUCCAGAAACUGUCCUCAACAUCACUCUCUCUAAUGGUGGUGGCACCACAAUUAAUGCCAGCAUCAAAGUCACCAGCCAAGGUAAGAGUCUCGAUAGUUCUACCACAUAUACACUGUCUGGUGGCAUCACUGGAACCCUCAGCGGUCUCGGUGCUGGUCUAUGAUUCCUAUGAAUUCCAUUACAAAACUCCACUAAUGGUCUGUGCUGAAAUCGAAAGCGCCACUCUCAGCACCACCGUCAGUAGUAAAACUCUCGCUCUUACUCUGAAAACAGAUGGUGCCACAAUCAUUGUAGAAGGUGAUGCCGAAGGUGUUGGUACAUCUAAUGGUCAACACACUCUAGCCAGUGGUGGAACUCUGAGGAUCACCAACAUUACCCUCAGUGGUGAAGAUACUCCAUAUUCACUAACUAGUAUUGGAUCUCUCACAGCUACUAGUCUUAAGCUCAAAACAGAUUCAGUUACAAUCAAACGGGAUACUCUCAUUACACUCAAACUCACCGUUGACAGCACUGCCCAAAUCAAUGAUGGUAAUAGUAGUCGUAAGCUCAAAGGACCUCAAUUUCCAUUUAGUCUGGGUGCAUAUAAAGUCACCAGUGAUGUUCCUCUAAAUACUUCUACUUCUCAAUCAGCAAGUAUCAAUACAAACCCAGACACCAACUCUGAACUUCACUCUCAGCACGCAGCUACUAAGUGCUGUAUUUGGGGUAAACAGUAUGAGUGGACUCAUAACCCUAUGGUUUGA